GCAACUUGCACAUACGACGUAGGCUCGGUGUGUCGUGCAUGGCGUUCCAGUUUGACUUGUGCCGCUGCACCGUGUGGAACUGUGCGGUUCAUGCUCGAUUUCUCAUCGUUCGGGGACCAACAACGUGAUUGAACACCUUUCGUUGCUUAAAUUCGUCGAUAAGUUUUCACGUACGCGUGCUCGUGGAUCGCCAUAAUUCGGGAACUUGUCGAACAAGUGUCGGUAAAACACGGUUUCUCGAAACGAUUCAGCGAACACGUGUGCAGGAAGGAUCCUUUUUGGCAUCCUUUGCCGCGAGCUGCACGUAGAACGGGACUCACGCGUGCGUAUUGGAAGAAGGGUCGAUGUGCUCGAUGAGAGAGGACUAACACCAAAAGGCGGGAAAACUCGAUCGCGAGCAAAGGGCGAGCCCGAAAUUUUUCAAACUGGGUGACGGAAAAGGAAAACACCGAAGAGUCAGAAUGGCAGACGACAAUCCGCAAGAUCAACGCGCCCCCAAGAAGCGUAAAAUCAUAACGCAUUUGCCGUUUCUCAUAAAAAUUGUAGAAGUUGUUUUGGCUGUGUUUGCGAUCGGACUGAUAGUCGAUCCGCUCAACUCUUUCCAACAAAUCUUGACCAGAACGAGGUUCAAGCUCGACCAUGCCGCGAUAAUCUACAUCACCAUCGCCGGUUACACUAUAAUCAACACGCUUUUCAUCAUUUGUCAUUUCCUCGGAGACAACAUACCGAAACGAACGCUGAUACUGUUCUCCUCGCUUGGCGCGCUUCUACACAUCGUCGCUGGAACCGUAAUUGUCUAUGAUUGGAGGAAGAUCGUCGACCCUUAUUACAGCAACAACGAAUUUUAUCCGAGUAAACAGUACAUGGACAUGUUCAUAUCGGGCGCGGUGUUCACAUUCGUGGACGCGGUGGUUUUUAUCGUAGAAGUUGGUCUCAUUAUAAGGUAUUCAACGAAGAGCUCGGAGUGAAAAGGAAAAAAGACCAUUAGAAAGACAAAAAUAAAUCAGUAAUUAACUUCAUAGGGAAUCAUGUACGAAAUAGUGAUCAGUAUAAAUUUGGAAUAAUAGAUUACAAACUAUCAAUCGAUAAUGUCAUGAGUGACAAUUAGUCAGUAAUGUGUUAAUACGAUAUAACUAAUCUUUACAACUAU